AUGUCCGGCUACAUGUCAUCCGGCGCAUCGUACGGCGUGGGCGGCGGCUCGCAGCCGUCGGGCUUUCACAACUCGGCCAACGGUGGCUUUGCUACUGCGGCAACAAAAAUAAGCCGCAAGGAGCUCGACGCCGUUCUGCGCCAAAUCAAGAGCAGUGGCCUGUUCAACAAGCAGCUCCAGUUCAUCUGUCAAGUAAAUGGACUGAAAAGCAGUGGCGUCAAGGCUGACCUUCAGCGUCGGAUAUCAGAUUUGGUUCAAGACGCAUACAAUCACCAAGACCUCCCGCGCUUUGAGCAAGUCCGAAUGGGCGUUUUGAACGCGGCAUCAAGUCCACAGAAGCCGACCAUGGGACGUUCCCAGCCGAACAGCCAUUUCCCACCCUCUGGCUCGAGCGCUGCACCAACCACCCCAUACACGCAAGGCUAUGGGCAUGCAUCCAGCGUGGCUGCUAACGGUGUAACGUACCCUCCGCCACGGGCUGGAAUCGCCUUCCACCCGAGUCCGUUCUACUCCGUCGAAGCUCAAGUAGGCGAUGUGAUCACCUGCGAACCCAUGGCGCACCAUCGCCACAGCGUACACAUGUAUCUCCGGGUUAAUGACAAGCCUUACAUCCAACCUUGUGUGAGCGAUCCGUCGUACAGGAUCAUGCUGUUCUGUGCUGGCGACAACGUCGGCGUGCAGCACGUCGCCUUUCCCCAGCAGUCGGAGAUCAAGAUCAAUGGAGGCGACUUCAAGGCAAACCUGCGCGGUCUGAAGAACAAGCCAGGGUCUACUAGACCGGUUGACAUCACGGGCGCGCUCCGCCUGAAGCAAAACAAUUACCCGAAUAAAGUUGAGCUCACCUAUGCAUUGACCCAAAAGAAAUUCUACGUGGUUGUUUACCUCUGCAAGGUCAACGCCGUCGAUGACUUGGCGAAGAAGUUGGAGACACGCCAAAGGAUACCCAAGGAUUCGGUGAUUGCAGAAAUCAACAAGAAGAACGCCGAUCCAGAUGUCGUAGCAACAUAUGUCAAAGACAUAUUGGCAAGGACUUCAAGCUCCCAAGAGACAGUCACAAUCAAUCCAAAUGGGCAAUGGACCGCCAAAUCGGGCGACCACGACCGGGGUAGAUCUAAUGGAAGCCACCUCGGGGAUAGCGAUGAGGUUGAGAUCUCGGAGGUCAAUUCCAUCUCCCGACCUCGCAUCGAGACUCCUCAGACAGCAACAUCGUUACCCAGUUCCUCGCCGUCUGUGACAGGGCCCGGUCCAAGUCUUGGGGCCCGAGGAGUGGCAACCACAAGCUCGAAACGGCCAGCACCACAGGUUAUCGACCUCACUCUAUCCGAUGACGACGAGGACGAUGAGCCGGUGCAGCCUCCCACAAAGCGUCAGAACACGGCCGGCUUCCGACGAUCGACCGAAAGCAUGGGCUUCCUGAGCGAAUCGCCGCGGCAAAACCCAUUCUGA